UAUCUCCAAAUUACAAUUAUAAAAUUAAACCAUGGUUUCCCACGAGACCAAUAUAUAAGGAACAGGACACUUCUCAAAAUCUUACGAUCCAAUCUUCAAUCUUACACAUAACUUAGACCACAAAUAAUGGAUUUCCUUUCUCUUCCAACAGUAAUGCUUGUAGCUUCAGCCUUGGUCCUUCUCUAUAACAUAUGGAGGAUUAUGAACAAAUCAAGUGAGAAGCAAUUGCAAGCACCAGAACUACCUGGUGCAUUCCCAUUAAUAGGUCACCUCCAUUUACUAGGAACCAAAACUCCACUCGCAAGAACCUUCGCUUCUUUCUCCGAUAAGUACGGUCCCAUAUUCCGAAUCCGUCUGGGAUCAUACCCUGCUAUUGUGAUCUCUAACAAAGAUGGAAUCAAAGAAUGUUUCACCAUAAAUGACAAAGCUCUUGCCUCGCGCCCCAAGUCUAGCCAGGGUGUAUACAUUGGCUAUAACUACGCCGCUGUUGGGUUCGCUCCUUAUGGCUCCCUCUGGACAAAACAGAGGAAGCUAGCUAUGCUUGAACUACUCUCCUCUCGCCGCGUUGAAUUAUUGAGGUAUGUAUAUGAAUCCGAGAUUGAUACUUUGAUCAAGGAUUUGUUAUUGUAUACUGCAGGAAAUUCGCCGGCUAAAGUUGUUGUCAUUAGUGAAUGGUUGGAACGGUUGACUUUUAAUAUAGUGACAAAGAUUAUAGCUGGAAAGAGAUAUUUUAGUUACUUGCAAGAUGUGGAUGAUGUUGAAGCACAAAGAGUUGUGAAGCUCAUAAGAGAAGUCAUGCAUUUAUCUGAAGGGGGUUUGGUUCCUUCGGAUGUGAUUCCUCUAGUUCGAUGGUUUGGCAUAGAAGGGAAAGUUCUUAAAUCCAUGAAAAGAAUUGCAAAAGAUUUGGACACACUUUUUGGAAGCUGGGUUGAAGAGCAUAAAAUGAAGGGCAAUAUGGUAAAUAGCUCAAGCGAGAAACAAGAUUUUAUUGAUGUUAUGCUUUCCAUGGUUGAAGAUGAUCCUGAUUCUGGCCAUACACGUGACACUAUCAUUAAAGCUCAAAUUAUGAAUCAGAUAUUGGCAGCUGGAGCCUCUUUGGCAACACAAGUGAGCCUCAUCACACUUGCACGUUUCCUUCAAGCAUUUGACUUCGAUUCUCCCAUGGAUGAACCUCUUGACAUGAGAGAAGGCUUGGGUCUAACCUUGCCCAAGUUGACUCCAGUCAAAGUUUACCUCACCCCACGAGUAUCCUAUGAACUCUAUCCCUGA